AUCAGGCAACUCAGUUGGGAUCGUCAGAAACCUUUAAAAGCUUUUUUUCAUCUGGUGAUCCCAACUGAGUUGCCUGUUCAUUACAGGCUUUUAAAAUCAUUUUGUUACACCCUCUUUGGCCAAAGAGGUUGUAGAAAAAAAUGCUUUAAAAGUAAAAAAAAAAAAAAAAAGUUGGCCAUGCCCACCCAGUCACAUUACCCCACACACACCAAGCCACGCCCACAGAAUCGGUAGUAACAAAUUUUAUAUUUCACCCCUGGGUCUUAGUCAGGCUACCUAUAGUUACUAGCAUUUCCACCCCCCUUAUAUUACAAUAAUAUACAAUUAAACCAGUAGUAUUGAAAUUAGAAACUGUGACUUGAGUAAUGGAAGUAUGGAAUCUUAUCUCAGCAUAUAGAUCUACACCCUAAUAUAGGUUAUUUACUUUUAUAAUAUAUAUUUCAAUAUCUUUACUUUUCAAUAAAUUGUGGUUUAUAAAGGAACACAUAGGUUGCUAUGCAUUAAUUGGCAUUUUUAAAGGAUUAUAUCCUUUUACAUCACAGGUGUCAAACUCAAUUGCAUCACGGGCUGGUUCGUGACCUAUUGCGAUGUUUUUGCCUUUGUGGAGCCGGGGUGGGUUUGGCCUGCCUGUGAUGUAUCCAGCCCACGGGCCACCAGUUUAACAGGCCUGUUCUACAUGCUUAAACAAUUCAUAACUGUCUUAUGUAUAUUUAGCUCUGUCUAAUAGGCAAUGAAUGGAAACUGACAGGAUUAACUCCACAUUUCUACGAUAUUUUCCAUCCUGUAAGGAAGCUACCACAUUUUGAUAUUUUUCUAUCUCAAAAGUAGGUGAAGAAAUGGAUGAAAAGCCAUCUUCCAUUCCCACUUUUGUGAAUGCUCAAGUAUUUGUCCCAUAUACAGGUAGUCAACUUGCUUAACAACUAGAAUUGGGAACAGCAAUUCCAUUACUAAACAAUGCAGUCAUUCUGUAUAAACAUCACUGCCAUGGUCAUGAGAAGACUGGUUAUAAAGUUAUUUUUUCAGGGGCAUCAUAAGUUUGGUUGCUAAACAGGACAAUCGUUAAGCCAAAACUACUUGUAAAUUUGUUAGCUUUAAGGUGGCCAAAAGGUUUCUUACUGUUUUUUUAGUUGUUAAAAUCUCUCUCAAAACCAACAUUAAAGGAGAAAAUAAUUGGUGCUUGGCCUUUAAGUGGCUGGUCACUUUUAUUGACAAUUAUUUUAAUUAUUUACAUAUUUACUAUAAUAAGUCUGAAGUAUUUUACCUGUGUUUCUUUUCAAUAGCAAUGCAGCAAGUUUUGGAUAAUCUUACUGAUUUGCCCUCAUCAUCAGGAGCUGAAGAAAUAGACCUUAUUUUCUUGAAAGGAAUUAUGGAGAAUCCUAUUGUAAAAUCACUUGCUAAGGCUCAUGAACGAUUAGAGGAUUCUAAACUUGAGGCUGUGAGUGAUAACAAUCUGGAGCUGGUCAAUGAGAUUCUUGAAGACAUCAGUCCAUUAAUAAAUAAAGAUGAAAAUAUUGCUGAAUUAGUUGGUAUACUAAAGGAACCACACUUUCUGUCACUCUUAGAAGCUCAUGAUAUUGUGGCAUCAAAGUGUUAUGAAUCUCCUCCCUCUAGUCCAGAAAUAAAUAAUGCUUCGGUGAACAAUCAGAUAGUACCAGUAGAUGCUAUUCGUAUACUUGGCAUUCAUAAAAGAGCAGGGGAGCCUUUGGGUGUGACAUUUAGGGUGGAGAAUAAUGACCUGGUGAUUGCAAGAAUCCUUCAUGGAGGAAUGAUAGACCGACAAGGUCUCCUACAUGUAGGUGAUAUCAUUAAAGAGGUUAAUGGUCAUGAAGUUGGAAACAAUCCAAAAGAAUUGCAAGAACUCCUGAAGAGUAUUAGUGGUAGUGUCACUCUGAAGAUUCUUCCUAGCUACAAAGAUAAUAUUGUUCCCCAACAGGUAUUUGUGAAGUGUCACUUUGAUUAUAAUCCAUUCAAUGAUAAUCUCAUUCCAUGCAAAGAAGCUGGUCUUAAAUUUUCCAAGGGAGAAAUUCUUCAGAUUGUAAAUCGAGAAGACCCAAACUGGUGGCAGGCCAGCCAUGUCAAAGAAGGAGGAAGUGCAGGACUUAUUCCUAGCCAGUUUUUAGAAGAAAAGAGGAAAGCAUUUGUUAGACGGGAUUGGGAAAAUUCAAGUCCUUUCUGUGGGACAAUAAAUAGUAAAAAGAAGAAAAAAAUGAUGUAUCUCACAACUAGAAAUGCAGAGUUUGAUCGACAUGAAAUUCAGAUAUAUGAGGAAGUAGCAAAAAUGCCUCCAUUUCAAAGAAAAACACUGGUUUUAAUAGGGGCCCAAGGAGUUGGCCGAAGGAGUCUGAAAAACAGAUUUAUUGUACUGAAUCCCACAAAAUUUGGAACCACAGUCCCAUUUACAUCACGGAAACCGAGGGAUGAUGAGAAAGAUGGACAAGCAUAUCGGUUUGUGUCACGAAGUGAAAUGGAGGCAGAUAUUAAAGCAGGAAGAUAUUUAGAACACGGGGAAUAUGAAGGAAAUCUUUAUGGUACCAAAAUAGAUUCUAUUAUUGAAGUAGUUCAGACUGGAAGAACUUGUAUCUUGGAUGUGAAUCCACAGGCACUUAAAGUGUUGCGGACAUCUGAGUUUAUGCCCUAUGUAGUUUUUAUUGCUGCUCCAGAACUUGAAACCCUGCGUGCAAUGCACAAAGCUGUGGUUGAUGCAGGAAUUACAACCAAGCUUCUAACAGAUACUGAUUUGAAGAAAACUGUUGAUGAGAGUGCACGGAUCCAGAGAGCUUAUAGUCACUACUUUGAUCUGAUUAUUGUGAAUGACAACCUAGACAAAGCUUUUGAGAAGUUGCAAACUGCUACAGAGAAAUUGAGAAUGGAAUCACAGUGGGUCCCGAUUAGCUGGGUAUACUGACAGUUCUUUUAAAGAUGAAACAAACAUCAUGUAAUGUUUGUUGAAACAAACACUAUACAAGAAAAUAUUGUACAGUGGUGCCAGAUACUUGGCAGGACCCAAUAUGUUUUUAUUUUAUGUAUAUUAAAAUAAUAAUAUGGUAGUCAAUUUUUUUAUAAAAAAUGUUGAAGGGAAAGUGUACUUAAUAUGUGAUUUAUUUUAAUUUUUCUAACUUUUUACAAAUAACCUUUUUAUUCAUAUCACAUGAAGGAAAUGCGUUGAAGCAUUUUUAUAAAUGUUUUGAUUUACUACUUUGCCUUUACUCAUCUAAAGAACUUUCCAGUCAUUCAUUUAUACAUUUGAUCUUACAUUUUCACUGUGAUAAGGAGAAAAAUACUUGAAAAGGUUUUUGUAAAACUCUGUUUUAAAUCAAAUGUUUCAUCUGAUUAGUUUUUAUUAUUUAGAUAUAAUCCUUGUUCUAAUAAGCAUAUCUCCUUGACAUAAGCAGAACUUUUAAUAAAGCAACCAGCACUGAGCCAUGUUACUGAAGCAUAUUUGCUUAAUGUUAUCCAUGUUUUGCAGCUGUUUUGUCUUAGACAGAUGUACUGUAGACUUUUAUGUAGAUUCCCUUUUUACAUAAAUGUAAAAGCAAUAUCUUGAACUUUCCCUAAGAGACCCUUUUAAAAAGCCAACAUUUCAAUCCAUGCAGUAAGUAUUUUUCAAAGAAUUCUCGUAAUGUAAAUUCAUUGUGUUUGAGGUAAUGGUGAAAUAGCCUGAAAGAACCUCAUGCUACAGAGUCUUAGUGAAGAACUCAGCAUGUAGAAUGUACGUUCUUAGUUGUGGAAAAUUCAUAGCUUAGAGGAACAAAAUCUGCUUUUUUAUUAUGACCUCGCUCUGUAUUUGUAUACCGUUCUAUGAUGACUGGCUUUUAGUUUAUACCAGAAUAUUUAUGAGUGAUUGUGUGUGUUAUAAAACGUGAUGUGAUGAGGCUUUGAGCUGAUCCUUUGUGUUACAUGGCUUUAUUCACCAAAAAGAGUGUCAGAUGCUAAAAUUCAGUAUUAUUUAUGAAAGAAUUUAUUUUUGUUUCACACUCCUGUUUUACAGUGUUAGCUAAACUCUUCCCUUAGUUAGUUUAUCAUCUUAGAUUCAUAUUUACUGAUUACAUAAAUGCAUUUCUGAUACAUAUUCUAUUGAGGGGAUGUAGAUAGAUACGAUUACUAAGAGGGAAUAAUCUGAUGAUAAUAUUUUAUAUUAUGCCUGAUAUUAUAAAUAGAGCCAGACAUUGCUAACACACAGAGGGCCUGAAGUGGUUAUCAUUUCCCCAUUUAAUUUAUUUUGCAUAUGAGUUUGGGCACUAGGAUUACAGAGCUUAUUUUCAAUACCAAAGUAUCACACACAAGAUGCCAACAAUGAAAAAAUAUUGGAAAAGCCCAAGACAGGACAAACUAGCUUUUAAGUAUUUUGCCUUUUAAGAUGCACAAGGAAACAGGGUUUCAAUAAUUUUUAGUUUAUAUAGAGAAAUGUUGAUACCAAAAAGGUAUUGUAGAUGAAAAAAAACCUUUGUGGUAUUUUUUUAAAGACUUACGUAUAUUUUGUAAAUGUUAUGCAAAUAAUUGCAUAUCUGUGUCUUAAUUGCUAUUGGUAUUUAGAAAUUAGCUUGUAACAAUAUGAAAUAUUGUACAGAAAUUUAUUUCUGUUGCAUUAAUUCUGUAGAUAGGCUGAUGUUAAGUAUUUAAAAAUAAAAGUAUACCUGAGUCUGGGGGAAAAAAAUUUCCAGUACCCAAAAUGACAUUUUACUCUGUAAUUUCAAUGUCAUUGUAGGGUUAUGAAGUGGGAUAAAAAUGGCUAUACUUUUAUUGAAUAUAAUGCUGUUUGAAUGGAGAUUGAGUGGAAGGCAUUACUGAAUCCUCAAGUCAAAUAACUGCUUCUCAUUCCUUUGUUUUCUAAUAUUACAUUAGAUAGCAUUCCAGUUGAUUUGUUGCUACUGCUCUUUGCUAGAUGAGAGUUUGGGCUGCAUUUUAAGUAGCCGUGAUUAAAGUUCUGUUCAGAUUCUACCUGAACUAUUUUUUAAAAAAAUAAAAUGUUCUCAAGCAGAAUACUCAGUCUACUCCUGUCUUGUUUCUAGCCAUUGAUCUGUAUUAUCCACUCCUGUUGGAAAGCAGAAGGUUUUUCAGAUUGGCCUUAGUUCAAGGAAAGUUUAGCAAGUGAUUAAAGAAAUUUGAUUUUGGUUUUAAGGCUCAAAAGCUCAGUGAUGUCAAAAGCAGGAAGAAGAAAAACAAAAUAUCAGUAUUUGCCUUAAUGGCUUUCUAAAGAAAUUGUCAACAGUAGGGAAUUGAUCAAGAAACAUUUUAUAUUUUCUCUGGGCAAGACUUUUUAUGCUGGUACUCCUAUAUCAUCUUGGGAGAACUGCUCAUGUCACAGAAUUCACUCUUGGCAUUAAUGUGGGAAUUUAAACCACAGGUCCUGAAUGUAACAGGAAGAGUUAGUUCAUUGCCAUGCAUAAGAAUUACUACAUUUGAUAUAAAAUCCACCUCUAUGCUCAGUCACAGACUAUUACUGCACAUGAUAUAGGCCAUUCACUGUUUUUGCUGUAUGUGUGUAGUAGUCCCAGCUAUAAAGUAAUGAAACUUCGAAUACAGAGACACAUGAAUUUAUCCUCCCAUUGCUGAAUGGCAGCAAUGGAAAAGUAUGUAACAGGCAAAAUGCUUCCAAGGACAGCACCAUGAUUCUAAAUUUAGUAAAUGAGGUGCAGAAUGGAUUAAUUGGGAAGGUGUAAAUCAGAGGCAGAACAUUUUAAGUGUCCUAAUUUCAGUUCUUGGCAUCUUUGUUUGCAACUGCAGAGUUCCUGUCAGUGAUUUGAACUGAUGUAGUGCAAAUUCCUAUGGAUAAUAAAUCCAGAAUAUACCAGAAAUGUUUUACCACUUUCCUCAAAGGAUAAAGUAUAUUUAUCCUUUCUUCAUUGAUAGAGUAAAUGAGAAAUCAUAUAAGGGUGAUUCCAUGUGUAGUUCAAUAUAAAAAUGGAAAAUCUGUCUAUGCUUAACAUGAGUACAUGAAAUGGGAAGACAAUAUUGCUUGCUGACAUUAGGGUAUAUAAUUAUCUGUACCAAAGUAAAUAUAUAUUGAAAUUUAUGUGCUAAGUGUAUAGGUAUGCCUGUGUAAUAAUAGUAGAAAACAAUGGUUUAUGCAAAUGCCUAUACUAGAUGUUAACAUGGAUCCGUAAAUACUAUUCAUUGUUCUGUUCUAUAGUUUUACCAAAAAUUAUGGAAUGGAAAAAAAAAUCAACAAAAGUGCAUGACAGUUAUUAAAAUGUUACUUAUCCAUUAAGGCAAUCCAUAAUUGCACCUGUUGAAACUUUAAAAAAUUUCCCAUAAAUUUAUAUAGUUUGUACAUUGUGGUAACUUUAAAAUUAUACCUAAGCUACAAUAGGUCAUACUGAAUUCACAGGGACUAUACAGUUCCUGGAAUAUAUAAUUGUUAUAUGUUUAUUUUUCAUUUAUCUUAAAUUUAUAAUAAAAUGCAGAAUAUAUGAAUCAUGCUGAGUCAGACCUAAAUCAAAGCUAAUUUUUGUUUCUAACAUAAAUGCCUAUUUCUGUAUAGCCAGUACCUGAAUCUUCAAGAAGCUGCUACUCUUUUAAACUAUUUUUGGCCUUCAAAAUUUAUAAAUACAAAUAUACUAACCAAUAUAAGAGCAGAAAGUGUCAGAAAGACAGUUGUCAUAAUCAAGGGAAAUUAUAAAAAAAAGGAACUUAAGAGCAAGAGCUAAAGAAAAAGAAUGAUAGAGGCCGAGGGACAUUUUAAAUCAGGAGCCCCCAACCCCCAGACCACAGUCCAUUACCUGGCCAUGGCCCGUUCAGAACAGGCAAGUUAUAGAAGAGGCAGGCAAGUGCACGAGUGUGUUCAGCUCCGCUUGCACGCACAGCAGGCUGGCAAGCAUGCGUGUACAGUUCAAUUAGUGUGGGUGGCAGGAACAUGUGGAACAUCCCCUCUUCCCUCCUUUCCAGUCUGCAAAACUGGCUCGAUUGGAGAUUGUUGUUUUAAAUGACAGUUCAUGUUGGUCCUUUAGGAAAAACUCUGUACCUUACUAGUAUCACAGAUAAGCAGCGAGUUUAAAAUUAUAUAUAAAAUAUUUGAGUAAUUUUUUUGUGGUUAAAAGAUUUUGGAAAAAAUAAUACUCAAAAAUAACCGCAAUAAUUUAACUGCUAAGAUAUCUACACAAGAUCUGGUAAAUCCUAUCAAUAAGGUCUCGAGGAGUUCCUAAAAACAACGAGGUAUUGUUUUAGCAAUUUGUGGAAUCAGCAGCAACUGUUUUUGAGAAAGAUGCAGAAUUUUGAAUGCAAACUGUCCUGUACAAAUAUGUAUAUAAUACUGAUAGAUAUUGUUAGAUACGCACUUUUGGAAUAAAAAUGUAAAAUGCAGAACUUUUUUGGGAAUAUUUGUUUGAAAUUCAUCUCAGUUUUUGAGUAAUUUUUUAUCUGCUCAGAAUCAAAUAUAGUCUACAUCCAUCACACAUUAUUACUAUUUUUCUUUGUCUUGUCUUGGUUCAAUUGGCAGGAGUUCCCAUAAUAAACCUUGGAAACUUUCAGAGAAAACAAAGCAACCCUUAAACUAUCUCAAAAGCUGCUUUCAUCAUGUCAUAUUGAGAAUUUGUGUUUAUGAUGUUAAACUGCUUUGGAUUAGUUUUCCAUUAAAGUUCGUGACUGGAAUUAUGUAUUGGAUAAUCCUUUCUUUAAAAUAUUAAAACAGCAGCAUCCAUGAGAAAAAACCAAAACCACAGGCAACAAACUAAUGAGAUUCCUAAUGCCUCUUAUCUAUUUCAUUACAUAGGUAGUCCUCAACUUACGACCAGUCGCUUAGCAACUGUUGAAAGUUACAAUACCCACCCACACAAAAAGGACUUAUUACCUGGAUUUCAAGUUCUGAUGACACCCCUCCCCGACAGUCACAUGAUUACACUUUGGAUACUGAACAAUCGUUCCAUAAAUAAGCAUUUGCAGUGUCCUGCAGUCAUGUGACAGCAAUUUACAUUUUUUGCUGGGAACUGGUGUUUACUUCUGGCUUUCAGAAAAAAGCACCCAUGUAUGGGCAAUGAGUUUACUUAAUAACCACUGUAAAAAGGUCAUAAAACUGGGCAUGGACUAGUGAUGAUUCGCUUAAAACCCAUCAUGACUAACAAUGGUAAUUCCAGAUUCAAUUAUGGUGGCAAGUUGAGGAAUACCUGUAUUUUAGAUUGCUUAUCUUCCUUUCAAUGUCCUUGCCUUAUAUGGACUUUAUUGGCAGAAGUGGUUUUUUUUAGGCUUCCUGCUGCUAAAUGGAUUAUCCAUUUUUAAGAUCGAACAUUUUUCUACUGAUCAAGUAAGAUAGCUGAGAAUCAUGUUCAGUCUUAUGUUAGUUGUGUCCCAAUAUGAGGGUAAGAGAAACAUCUGAUUAAGGGUUCAGGUGCAUAUAUGGUAGUUAUACUUUUUUUUAAAAAUGUACUAUGUUAGCUAGAGAAAGAUGUUUUAACUUGGAAACUGUAUUAAAAUAAUAUAUCUUGGAUGCACUGGCAUACUAUUUCUUCAAAUAUGUAUUCUAUCGAGAUCUACAUUUUUUGUGAAUUAUUAUAUGGGGGCUAUUUUGUGUUUCUAAGAUUAGAUAGAAAAUCACCAUUAGGUACAUUCCAAAAUAAUGACUUCUGUUAGGCUUAUGCAGUAUAAUUUUUAUUGCUUCAGCUCUUAGUAUUUCUGUUAAACAGUUGGUAACUUUUUUCAAAUGUGCACUAAUAUUGACACACAUAGGACAGUAGAUGAUUUAAAUGGGAUUUGACUGAGUCCCUGAUAGAAAUUUUAAUCUCCAUGCUGUAAAUCAGAAGAAAAUUGCCACAUAGAUCAGAUUAGAAAGUUCUGAAAAAGGAUAAUAAGAAAACUGUGAAAUUUCGUAGGAUAAAUGUGUGCGCUAUUCGGUUAAACAAUGUUUUUUUUAAAGAAUUCCCUGUUUACCCAUUUAAGUUGUAUAUCAUUGUUGAAAUGUAUAAAACUCUGAAAUCCUGAAAACUCCUAAGAAAGUUAUUUUUGUAUAUAUGAAAUAAAAUGUAAUAUUUGAAAAUUCAGUGUGAUCUCUUAUGAAUUGCAUUCUUACUGCACAGAACAGGCAUCAAAAAAGGAAGCAGGCAAUACAGUAGCCUUCAUUGCAAUAGAUGUUAUAAUUUUAUAUUG